GCAGGAGUAAGCAAUUCGUGAAAUAUCUCCAAAAACGGUUUGUCUUCUUCCUUUGAAACUUCAAUAGAUUAUUUUCUCUUUAUCUAUUGGUCUCACCUUGUAUCUGGUGGAUGGUCAAAAGAGAGAAACAAGGCCCAUAGGCCGGUGGGCUGCCAGCAGCCGAACAUACACAAGCCCUAAACGAAUGUCCAGGUUUCCCAAACGUAGAAUUAAGCAGUGAACUUCUUCAGUUCUUCCCCAGUCAGUCGCCACAACGGCAUAUAAACUGCGCCAAAUCCUCUCUCCUUUACCGCCAUUCUCACUCCUCCGUUUCUCUCUCUAAAAGGGACUUUCUCCUCCUUCAUCUGUUGAUGUCCACACUCCGCCCAUGUUACCAUUGUUUGUCUCACACCACUCUCUCUAAUACCCUAAUACCAUCUCUCAGACGCUAUUCUCUCUCUUAUUUCUUCUCACUAAAACCCUUAUCUCUCAAACUGCCUUCCUUUUCCCACCAUAGCAUCAACAGGAUGUCAUCUAAACCCUCGGCCUUAGAAGCUCUCAUGGCCAAUGCCCGAGCAGCUGCCAAGAAAAAACCCCAAUCUUCUUCGCCCAAGAAAUGCAAAACCCAAAUCCCUAGUACUACCCAAAGCCCCAUUUCAAAGCCAAUCGUUGAAACUCCAAAUUCAAGUGAAAAUAAUGAUCAACCACCUCCAAAUGAUCCCAAGAACCCCAGUUCAAAACUGCUUGAAAAAACCCAAGUAUCGAAUGGGCCCAAUGAACAAAACCCUGAUUCGAAGUCGUUGUCGGACGCACCGGCGGCCAAGAAAUCGCGUCUGAUUAGCGCCGAUGAAAGCAUUGCGCAAUUGAAGAAGAAGGCGGCGAGUUUUGACCCCAAAUUGGCUGCGUUCUGGAUGGAUGGCGAGCGGGUGCCAUUUUUGUUUCUUUGUAAGGUGUUUGAUGCGAUUUCAGAGGAGUCGGGUCGGAUUGUUAUCACAGAGAUUGUGUGUAAUAUGUUGAGAACGGUGAUUCAGACGACGCCUGAUGAUUUGCUUCCGGUUGUUUAUCUUUCGGGGAAUAGGAUUGCAGCAGCACACGAAGGGCUGGAGCUUGGGAUAGGGGAUGCUUCUAUUAUUAAGGCGCUUGCAGAAGCUUGCGGUGCAAAAGAAUCUCAAAUUAAGACACGGUACAAGGAAUUGGGAGACUUGGGCCUUGUUGCAAAAGCAAGCCGUUCAUCCCAAUCUUUAAUGCGUAAACCUGAAGCACUAACUGUCGCCAAGGUUUUUGAUACAUUUCGCCUCAUUGCCAAGGAAUCUGGCAAGGAUAGUCAAGAGAAGAAAAAAAACCAUAUCAAGGCACUUCUUGUUGCAGCCACUGAUUGUGAACCUCAAUAUUUAAUUCGUUUACUUCAGACAAAACUGAGGAUUGGUUUGGCAGAGCAAACUCUUUUAGUUGCACUUGGGCAUGCUGCUGUAUAUUCUGAAAAACAUUCUUCAGCUCCAGGGCACAUAGAUUCUCCUCUAGAAGAGGCUGCUAAAAUUGUUAAACAAGUUUACUCUGUAAUUCCUGUCUACGAUAAAAUGGUCCCUGCUCUUCUUACUGGUGGUGUAUGGAAUCUUUCAAAGACAUGUAGCUUUACACCGGGAGUCCCUAUUGGACCAAUGCUAGCGAAACCAACUAAAGGGGUAUCUGAGAUUUUAGAUAAAUUUCAGGAUAUGGUAUUCACAUGUGAAUACAAGUAUGAUGGAGAACGUGCUCAGAUACAUUACAUGGAGAACGGUUUAGUUGAGAUAUAUAGUCGAAAUGCCGAACGAAAUACUGAAAAAUUUCCUGAUGUCAAGAUUGCGGUGUCAAGAUUAAAGAAACCGUCUGUAACAUCAUUUGUUUUGGACUGUGAACUUGUUGCUUAUGACCGUGAAAAACAGAAAAUCCUGCCCUUCCAGGUUCUCAGUACACGUGCUCGCAAAAAUGUGAAAUUGAAUGACAUCAAGGUUAAUGUUUGUAUAUUUGCCUUUGAUAUCUUAUAUCUUAAUGGCAAACAACUGUUACAGGAGCAACUUAACAUUCGUAGAGAGCAUCUUUAUAGUUCAUUUGAAGAGCAACAUGGAUAUUUUCUGUUUGCAACAGCUAUAACAUCAAAUGAUCUCGAGGAAAUACAAAAAUUCCUUGAAACUUCUGUUGAUUCCAGUUGUGAGGGUUUGAUCGUUAAAACAUUGGAUAGAGAUGCUACAUACGAGCCUUCAAAAAGGUCAAAUAACUGGCUAAAAUUGAAGAAAGAUUACAUGGAGAGUAUUGGUGACUCACUAGAUUUAGUACCCAUUGCUGCUUUUCAUGGCCGGGGGAAACGUGCUGGUGUAUAUGGUGCCUUUCUCCUUGCUUGUUAUGAUAGCAAUAAUGAUGAAUAUCAAAGCAUCUGUAAAAUUGGCACUGGAUUUUCUGAAGCUAUGCUUGAAGAGCGUUCUGCCAGUCUUCGUUCUAAAGUGAUUCCCGAUCCAAAGUCGUACUAUAGGUAUGCAGAGACAAUCAAUCCAGAUGUCUGGUUCGAACCUGCCGAGGUGUGGGAGGUGAAAGCUGCAGACUUGACUAUUAGCCCUGUUCAUCGUGCUGCAAUUGGUGAUGUGGAUCCUGAAAAGGGAAUUUCUCUCCGCUUUCCGCGUCUGCUCCGUGUUCGAGAAGACAAGAGUCCAGAGCAAGCCACGUCAUCCGAGAUGGUUGCUGAGAUGUAUAAUGCUCAAAAACUUAAUCAACGGGAUAAGCAAGUUGAAAAUGAAGAUGAUUGAAGCAAACUUUUCGUCGUGUGUGUCUUUUUAUAAGCUGCGAUUUUCGUUGUAAAAUCAACAGCUUGUCAACAGAAAAAUUUUUAUAGAGAGUUUCAAAAGUUUUUUCAGCAUCACAAGCAACAGCAAAAAGUUAAUGGCUGAAAAGAUCAUUCGCUCAUCAAUUUUUUUUUUUUGACAGAUUUGUUUACAAAAGCAUGACAUUCACACAAUAUGAAUGGAGUGGCAUUUCUAAUCAUAACGUGUUUAACCUGGCACAGCUGUUUGAUUGGCCAAGGGAUUCACAUCAACGCCGGAUUGAGGUUUGCCCAAGGGUUGUUUGCCUCGCAUUAGACAGGUAAUGCGAAUCGAAGACUUUGACAGCAUCAACUUGAAUGAUUUUAAACAACUUUUUAUCAUCAAGAAAGUUUUUUAAAAAUGUACGUAUAGUUGUAUACCUCCUACUGAUUGAUACUACCGUUGCCAUUUUUACUGCAACGAAUUUUCACUCAAAUGCUACGUUCCUGCUUAUUGAUUCCUGUAUUGUCUUGUAUCAACAAUUAUGACAUCGCACCAUGACACUCUUUAAUCA